CAGUACAUUGCUUUUGCCCCGCAGUAACGAAGUCUUGGGCUACGUUAGAUCACGUUAGAUCACCGUUACAUCAAAAGUUCAGGUAUUAGCUAGUGUAGGAAGUGCUAUCAAAAGCUCAAUUAUGGCGGAAUCUUUAGAGCAGAUGCCAAAAUCCGACACUAUAAGGCUUCGCGACCGUUAUAUCGGGCAAUCGUGCAAGCUAUUUUACAAGUCGAAUCCGUUAAAAAUCGUGAGGGCCGAAGGACAACACAUGUACGAUGAGAAGGGUAAUCGGUACUUGGACUGCAUAAACAACGUUGCGCACGUUGGCCACUGCCAUCCGGACGUCGUGCGAGCUGGUCAGGAACAGAUGGCCUUGUUGUCCACGAACAAUCGUUUCCUUCACGACAACCUGGUGGUAUGCGCGAGCCGGCUGGCGUCGCUUCUGCCGGAACCGCUGUCCGUUUGUUUCCUGGUGAACUCCGGGAGCGAAGCUAACGAUCUUGCACUUCGUCUCGCUCGGACGCACACGAAGAACAAGGAUGUCAUUACGUUGGACCACGCUUAUCACGGACAUUUGACCACGAUAAUCGAUAUCUCGCCAUACAAGUUCAACAAGCCUAACGGUACCGGCAAGAAGGACUGGGUGCACGUGGCUCCCUGCCCAGACGUCUACCGCGGAAAGUAUCGCGCCACCGAUUACGUCGACGAGGACCUCGGUGUUAAAUACGCCAAGGAUGUAAAGGAAAUCUGCAAAGACAUCAAGGCUCAAGGACGUGGAGUUUGCGCCUACAUCGCGGAAAGUCUCGUAUCGGUCGGCGGACAGAUUCUGCCGCCACAGAAUUAUUUCAAGAAUGUAUACAGGCACGUACGCGAAGCGGGAGGAGUCUGUAUUGCGGAUGAGGUUCAAGUCGGUUUCGGCAGAGUCGGCACUCACAUGUGGGCCUUUCAAUUGUACGACGUUGUACCGGACAUAGUCACACUGGGCAAGCCCAUGGGCAACGGCCAUCCCGUCGCGGCCGUCGUUACAACGCCAGAGAUCGCGCGCAGUUUCUGCGACACUGGAAUCGAGUACUUUAACACCUACGGGGGCAAUCCCGUAUCCUGCGCAGUGGCGAACGCGGUGAUGGAGGUCAUGGAACGUGAGGGUCUUCAGGAGAACGCCUUGAAAGUUGGCAACCAUCUGAUUGCGGAACUGAAGAAAUUGGCGAAACGACGGAGGAUUAUCGGCGACGUGCGCGGCGCCGGGCUGUUCGUGGGCAUCGAAUUGGUGCGCGACAGAAUUAAGAAGAUACCAGCGACGGCGGAGGCAAAGCAUGUGGUGUCCAGGAUGAAGGAAAAGAAGAUUCUCGUCAGCAGCGACGGACCCGACAAUAAUGUUUUGAAAUUGAAGCCGCCGAUGGUCUUCACACUCGAGAAUGCCAAUCAUUUCGUAUCCGUUCUCGAUGAAGUGCUCGAAGAAGUUGAUAUCGAUUUCGAGGAGGAAUCGGAAACCACUACAACUAUUAUCAAAGCAACGAUCUCGUCCAUAGAAGUCGACAGAAGCACCGCGGUGAACAACAAUGGAAAUUCAUUAUUUGUUCACGCUAAUUAAUAACGUAUUUUGUACAAUUAUUGCAAAUGUUAAAUUUAAGAGCUAAUGUUCAAUUUAACAGCUUCAUAUAAAAAAAGUAUUAUUAUUUUUAA